AUGGAGAUCCACCAGUAUCUCUCGAAAUCUGUAGGGAGACAAGGUAGGCCGUGAUUUAUACGUGUAAUUCUAAGUAACUGGCAAUACUAAGUGUUUUUAGUACAUGGUGAAGGCAACUGGGAUCUGCUGUCACUCAAUCGCCCUGUACCAAUUCACUGGAAACCCUUUCAACUUCGUAGUACAGAGAUAGAUCUCCUAGCUUACUGUAAGCAACUAGAAUUUUCAUUCUCCAGGAAAUGCUAACAUUGGCCAGUUGAGUCUGUCGUGUCGAAUACCCUGGCCACCUUUAAUCAGACACGCUCAGAACUUUGCGGCCUUUUAUUUCGGCUGGCCCUUCUAGACACCACGCCUUCUGCGAAAUGUGUUCUAUGGUCGAUACUGGCUUUAGCUUCGCUGCAUAGAAACGGUUAUCAGUACCAAACAAUGCAUCUGAAGCUGACUGCUGUUACUCUCUUGAAGUCUUCUUCUACCUAUGGCGUCGAUGACGCCGAAGCAGUUCGACAUGUUGCCGCUGGCAUGAUUUUGACUACGUUAGAAGUAUGCUGGAACAUAUCUUAACACCAGCAAUGCUUACUGACCAUAUAUCUAGAUCCAUUCUAAUGAAGACAGCGCUAGCCAAUGGACUUGGUUCCUCUGCGGCUCUGGGCGGCUCAUGCAUCGCAUUCUGCAUAUUCUUGAGGCUCUCGGCAGUGACGGAUCAAUGCUACACGACUGGGUUUCGUACUACGGCGCCCUGACAGGCUUUACUCUCCGACACUGGCGAAGAAUGGCGCCAAUCAGUACCUCUGUCGGUUCUGAAAUGCCAGAUUCUCGAAUGGUCAAACCUCCGCCAGUGUGCUCACCACCAACGCACAAGGUAAGUGGACGAAAUCUAGCAGCGCGUUCUUCUAUGAAGACUAUGCCGCUGAAACUCUCACAGAGCAGGAAAUUACCCGAAAAUUCCCAUAACUUUUUGAAACUCGUCUGGGAUAUAUUUCAUGGCAUUCUACGGCCGUCUGAAGCAGGAUACCAUGAUCCAGCAUACGUAGAAUCACUCAAGCAUUGGGAGUAUCAGCUCGAACAGUAUUCAGUCCGCCAUGAUAAAAACACCGAAAAAACCGGGAAUUCAAUACGCGGAUGGGACGACAAUUUUCAGCUUGAACUGUUCAAACUGGCUUUACUCAUUUACAUCGAAAGAUCAGCUCGAAGCUCCUCGGGACAGUCAGAGAAGGUUACUUCAUAUACCCAGCGAGGAUUUGCCGUAUUGUCACAGAUGAGUCGCUGUGAGUUGCCGUUCCCACUCUUUAUAAUAGGGAGUGAGGCGCGGUAUGACGAGGAGCGAACGUUGAUUCUGGGUCUUCUAAGGAGUGGCGAUGCCAAUCAAUCCCACCCGCUUUCAAGACUGGAAUCAAUGCUGCAAGCCGUAUGGGCUCAGAAUGAUCUGGAGACAAACUAUGAAUUCGACUAUACCAUGAAGCUGGAUACAGUGAUGACUUCAAGCCCAUGCUUGCCAAGUUUUGCAUAA